GCACGCGCUUCAACUUGGCGGGGUUUUCACCUGAUGUUGAUGAACAUAAAACAUUGAACAAUACGUAACCAGAACCCGCACUCUUUCUCUGGUUCUCCAUUUCUCCCCUUUGCAGUUACAGUUACGGUUACACCACUUCUCAUUCUCUCUCUCUCUCUAGCCUCACGAUUCAUUCUCUUCUCUGCUUCACUCGUUGUUUUUGCUCAGCAAUCAGCAUUCAAUGGCUGCUCCUGCAAACGACGUCGUCGCUGUUGAAAGGACAUUGCUCAAGCACGUUCGCGACAACGUCCAUGGCAAUAUUUUCCUUGAGCCGAUUUUCUUGAAAUUUGUUGACACCGAACAAUUUCAGAGACUUCGUGAUUUGAAGCAACUAGGUCUAACUCAUAUGGUUUAUCCUGGAGCUGUACACACUCGUUUUGAGCAUUCACUUGGUGUUUAUUGGCUUGCCGGCAAAGCUAUUGACAUAAUAAAAAAAUACCAAGGCCCAGAGCUUGGUAUUGAACAUUGCGAUGUGAUGGCAGUAAAGCUUGCUGGAUUACUGCAUGAUGUUGGCCAUGGUCCCUUCAGCCACAUGUUUGAGGGCAAGUUCCUUCCCCGGGUCUUUAAUGGUGACAAAUGGUCCCAUGAGAAAAUGUCAGCAAAGAUGAUAGAUUACAUGGUUGAUGAACACAAUAUUGAUAUUGAUCCUGAACUCCUCAAGAAAGUGAAGGAAAUGAUCACUUCAAGCUGUGGCAGUACUACACAAAAUGAAAAGGGAAACCAGUUCUUGUAUGAUAUUGUGGCAAAUGGUCGCAAUGGAAUUGAUGUUGAUAAGUACAUACUUUUCUGCCUUUCUUCCUCGUCUUGUGUGACUGUUAUUGAUAUGAGUGCUUUUGAUAAUAGUACUAUAAAAUUCAUGAUUUUCAGGUUUGACUACAUUGUUCGUGAUUGUCGUGCUUGUGGCCUAGGUUGCAACUUUCAGCCUGAAAGAUUGAUGGAGACAAUGCAAGUCAUUGACGAUGAAAUAUGUUAUCGUGCCAAAGAUUAUCUGACAAUUCACAAGUUAUUUGCAACGCGGGCUGAUUUGCAUCGAACUGUCUAUACACAUGCAAAAGUACAAGCAAUAGAAUUGAUGGUCAUAGAUGCGCUGGUGAAAGCAAACCCAUAUCUUGAUAUUGCCUCCUCAAUUCAUCAACCAUCUGAAUUUUGGAAGUUAGAUGACUCGAUUCUUAAAGCAAUUGAGAUUUCUCCUCGAGAAGAGCUCAAGGAAUCCCAAGAUUUGAUCCGACGCAUUCGCAGAAGAGAUAUAUACCAGUUCUGCAAUGAGUUUUCGGUACCAAGGGAGAGACUUGACCACUUCAGAAACAUCACACCCCAGGAUAUUGUUUGUUCCCAGACAAAUGGCGUAAAUUUGAAAGAAGAUGAUGUUGCUGUGAGCAAUGUUAAAAUUGAUUUGACAUACGGAACCGAAAACCCUCUCGAAAGAAUUAAAUUCUUCAAGGAUUACGAGAGCAAAGAAAAGUUCCCAAUCCCAGACUAUCGCAUCAGUCAUUUGUUGCCAGCUUUCAACGAAGACAUCAUAGUGAGGGUAUACAGUAAGAAGCCUGAACUGGUUGGUGCUGUUUCUGCUGCCUUUGAAAAUUAUCAGUACAAGAUAUUUGGAAGAAAAGCGCAAGUACACGAAACUCCUGAGAAGAAGAAACGCGGAAGAUGCCAUCAUUCGUAUGUCUAACCUAUUGGGACCCCAGCUUUGAAUUUGUAAAUUUCCACUCACAAGUCUCUCAGAUCAAACGAUAUACGUAGGUAGUGGCUCUUAGUUAAAAUGGUAACCAUUUUACGUAAUGAAUUGUGUAUAUUAUAUGUCUAGAAUUGAUAUUAUAAAACGUUUUACAUAGCCGUAUAAUCACAUUUAUUUUUUAGAUGACCAUUUAAAUAUGUCAUAUAAAAAGUAGUUAUUUUUUAAAGCAUGUGCUAGUGAAUAGUGAGUGAUAUUUGAUGUUACUCCGGGUUUCUUAUCUUGUAAU